GCAGUCUGCAUAUUGACCCGGUCUUCAUAUCGACCUACACAACGACAUAACGACACCUAGGCAGAUUUUCAUUCCACUAUCAUCGAAAGACAAUAUGACCAUGCGGACGAUACUCAGUGUCAUUCUCCUUUGUUUCCUCGCGGUCGGAAAUGAUGCAAAACCAAUGACUGUUCGACCGAUUAUUGGGGUACUAGCACAAGAGACAGGUGACAAGUAUACCUCAAAUAGCUACAUUAUUGCGUCAUACGUCAAAUGGGCAGAGGCAGCAGGAGCAAGAGUUGUCCCUAUCAAAAUAAAUGAGCCGGAUGACUAUUAUGAGACUAUAUUUCACAGAAUCAAUGGGUUGCUGCUCCCUGGGGGUUCCAUUGAUAUCAUAACGUCCUAUCAUGCCAAGGCUGCUAAGAAGCUGUACAACAUGGCGUUGAGGGCUAAUGAUGAUGGAGAUUACUUUCCUAUAUGGGGGACGUGUCAGGGCUUUCAACUCCUGUCCGCUUUGACUGCAGGCGAGAACCUUCUGGCUGAUAGACCGUACAAUGGUGUCUCAAGUUUAGACUUCUUAUCUGCUUUUCGGGAGAGUAGAUUAUUCCGGAACCUUCCCGAAAAUGUUUACAGCGCACUAGCUAAUGAAGAAACCACCUCCAAUCUCCAUAUGUAUGGAUUGACGCCAACGAACUUCAGUCGAAACAGUGCGUUGAAGAAUUUUUACCGUGAAAUGUCAAGAAAUUUAGAUGAAAACGGAAAUGUUUACAUAUCAUCAAUGGAAGCCAUAAACUACCCGUUUUAUGGAGUCCAGUUCCAUCCCGAGAAGAACGUCUAUAACUGGGACCUUCGCUUUGUCAACAACCAUGACGCCCACGCCAUACAAGUAGCGCAUUACUUCGCUGACUUCUUUAUUGCUGAGGCUCGACGGAGUAGUCAUUUCUUCCCUACGGUUGAUGAAGAAAUCAGCGCAAUCAUUAAUAACGAUCAGCCAGUGUAUUCGGAAGAUACGUCAUUUCAAGACACUUAUUACUAUAGAUUCAGAGGGUGGUGGCACAAGAGACAAGUGACACGGAUACCUCAAAUAGCUACAUUAUUGCGUCAUACGUCAAAUGGUCAGAGGCAGCAGGAGCCAGAGUUGUCCCCAUCAAGUGGGAUUAACGAGCGCGAUGAGUACUACGAGGAUAUCUUUAAGAGGAUUAAUGGUGUCCUUCUUCCCGGAGGCAGUGUAAAUGUCAUGACAUCAUACCAUGCCCAAGCCGCCAAGAAACUCUACAAAAUGGCACUGAAGGCUAACGACGAAGGUGAUCACUUCCCUAUCUGGGGCACCUGUCAGGGUCUCCAACUCCUAACAGCUUUGACAGCAGGAGAGAAUCUACUGGCGUACAGGCCCUACAAUGGACCUCUACCUAUAACUUUCAAACAUGACUUCCGGAACAGCAGAUUGUUCCAGAAUAUUCCCGACAACGUGCGCAGAGCACUAGCAAAUGAAAAUGUCACUUCCAAUCUCCAUGACUAUGGACUGACGCCGCAGAAUUUCAGUGAAAAUUGUUUGCUGAAUACGUUCUACUGUGUGAUGUCGACGAAUUUUGAUAGAAAUGGAAAAGAGUACAUAUCAUCAAUGGAAGCCGUAAACUACCCGUUUUAUGGAGUCCAGUUCCAUCCCGAGAAGAACGUCUAUAACUGGGACCUUCACUUUGUGAACAACCAUGACGCCCACGCCAUACAAGUUGCGCAUUAUUUCGCCGACUUCUUUCUUGCUGAGGCACGACAGAGUUAUCAUUCCUUCCCAACAGUCAACGAAGAGGUCAGAGCUCUCAUAGAUAACCAUCAACCAGUGUUUUCGGAGGAUGACACGUUUCAAGACAUUUAUUACUUUAAUUUUAGAACUUAG